AUGGCUGAUGACGAAUGUGAGCACCUAUUUUCAAUGACUCACUCACGAACACCAGAAGGGCGUUACAUGGUGCGCUUACCAAUACGAUCUAAUGCUCCACCACUAGGCGACUCUUACUACAGUGCUUUACAACAAUUUUAUCGCUUGGAGCGCCGCCUUGCCUCCGAUAUACAAAUGCGUACCCAAUAUGUGGAGUUUAUGAGGGAAUACAUCGACUUAGGGCAUAUGGGAGCCUUAGAUAUCGCCAAUGAUUCUCCUCGUACAUAUUACAUCCCGCAUCACGCCGUGAUGGAGAAGUUCCGCGUCGUUUUUAAUGCCUCAGCGCCAACGUCAACCGGUGUUUCGCUUAACUAUGUACAGCUGGUGGGUCCAACUAUUCAAGACUCGCUGAUGGAUAUUAUUUUCCGAUUUCGACGUUACGCAAUUGCUAUCACGGCUGACGUAGAAAAGAUGUUUCGCCAGGUGUUAGUGGCACCGGAAGAUAGAGAUCUUCAACGGAUCUUAUGGCGCGACUCACCCAUCGAGGAAGUUACCAUAUAUCAGCUGAAAACGGUAACAUAUGGCAUGGCGUGCAGCCCAUAUAAUGCGGUGCGAUCAUUGCGUCAGUGCGCAGUCGACAACUAUAGCUUNUGUAACAUAUGGCAUGGCGUGCAGUCCUCAUAA